UCGUACUCUACAGCAACAAACUUAUCAUAUUUUCAUCAUUGCCAUGGUUCAUAAAAAAAAUCACAUCAUCUUUCUAUUUUUAGCCACAUUGAACAUUUUCUUGAAAACAUCAAAUGCUGCCUCAAUUAAUGUGGUUAGCUUUGGUGCAAAAUCUGAUGGCAAACAAGAUUCAAGCAUACCUUUUCUAAGAGCAUGGUCUUCAGCAUGCAAAUCAAAUGAAGCAUCCACAAUUUAUGUUCCUGUAGGAAGUUUUUUGUUAAAACAAGUGACAUUUUGGGGUCCUUGCAUUAACAAGAUUGAUUUUAAAAUUGAUGGUAGUAUUGUUGCACCUUCAAAUUAUGGGUCACUAGGUAAUUCAGGAUAUUGGAUCUUGUUUAUGAAAGUUAAUUGGGUUUCAAUUUUUGGUGGAACUAUUGAUGGAAAGGGUGCUGGCUAUUGGCGUUGUAGAAAAGCUGGAAAGAGAUGUCCUAAUGGAGCAAGGUCUAUAUCGUUCAGUUGGUCGAACAACAUUGUAGUUAGUGGAUUAACAUCACUAAAUAGCAAGGAAAUACACAUUGCAGUGGACCAUUGCAAAAAUGUUGUGAUAAAAGAUGUGAAAAUAAGAGCUCCAAGUAGGAGCCCCAACACAGAUGGAAUAAAUGUGCAAUUUUCAACACAAGUUACAAUAAGUCAUGCUACCAUAAUGACUGGUGAUGAUUGCAUAUCCAUUAAUCAAGGUACUACUCAUGUGUGGAUUCAGCGCAUUGCUUGUGGCCCUGGUCAUGGCAUUAGCAUUGGAAGUUUGGGUGCCUAUUCAAAUGAGGCCGGAGUUGAAAACGUGACAGUGACUGAUUCGGUGUUUACUAAAACAGAAAAUGGUGUUAGAAUAAAAUCAUGGGCAAAACCAAGCAAUGGAUAUGCAAGAAACAUUGAAUUCAGAAACCUUAUCAUGCAAAAUGUUUACAAUCCCAUCAUUAUUGAUCAAAGAUAUUGCACCAAAAGGGAAUGUCCUCACAAGAGUUCUGGAGUGAAGAUAAGCAGUGUAUCAUAUGAACACAUAAAGGGGACUUCAGCAAGUCCAGUAGCUAUCAAAUUUGAUUGCAGCCAAAGCAAUCCAUGUUGGGGUCUCAAACUACAAGACAUAAACCUCGUUUACCCAAAAGGAUCCCAAACUUCAUCUUGUACAAAUGCUGGAGGAAGUAUUAGUGGAGUGGUCAAUCCAAAAAGUUGUCUUUAAAAGAAAAAUAGUUUAUCAUAAAAGUACUUGUACUUGCAUUUGAUAUUUGUUAGAAUUACUUAAAUAUCCUAUUACUUGAAUUAUUGAAUUUAUUGUGUUUGGAAUAUUUAUUCUCUAUAUCACUA